GCUGCUGCUUCACCUCCUCGUCCAGCACUGGGAGUCAAACUGGAUUCACGACUCACUGGAUUGACGUGUGUCUGCGACGUUACCGGCUGGCGCCGAAAAGAAGUAUGUGGAGGAGGAGACCCAUGCUGUUGUUUCCAGCGUUCUUCAUAUCCCUCGUUCUCUUCCGUAAAGAUUUCAGACAGAUGCUGACUUUCAUCCCUGGAAUCAUCAAAAACCAAGUAUCUGCAGAAUCGGGUCCUUAUGUGUCUCCAGGUCCGUAUUUGGUGGAAUAUCCCUACCAGUAUCACUUCAUCAUGAAUGAGCCGCAGAAAUGUGCAGUGCAGAAGCCUUUCUUGGUUCUGGUGGUCCACGUGGCGCCACAAAACAGGGCUCAUCGUGACAUCAUCCGUAAAACAUGGGGAAGUGAAAGUGUGGUACUGGACAAAGUGGUGACGGUGUUCUUCCUGCUGGGGCUGUACACUGGAGAGGGAGGCGAGCAGCUCCGAGAACAGCUGCUGCAGGAGAGCAAGGAGCACCGCGACCUGAUCCAGAGCGACUUUGUGGACCGCUACAAGAACCUGACCAUCAAGACCAUGGUGAUGAUGGAGUGGCUGGACGCCUACUGCUCCAACGCAUUCUACGCCAUGAAGAUCGAUUCGGACGUGUUCCUGAAUGUUCCCAAUCUCAUCGCACUGUUGUCAAACGCUCCAAAGUCGUACUACAUGACCGGCCGUGUAGAGAGAGGAGCUGAAGUUCUUAGAAAUUCAACAUCAAAAUGGUUUGUUCCUGAGGAGAUUUACCCUCAAUACUUUUACCCCACAUAUGCUCUUGGUUUGGGCUACAUCAUGUCUUUGGACCUCCCAAAGAAACUGGUGGAGGCAGCCAAACACAUUAAAGCUCUUUACAUUGAAGACGUGUAUGUGGGCAUGUGCAUGGAACACUUGGGCAUCCCCUUCACUGACCCUCCAAGUGUGUUGGAUUUUAACGUUUCUCCUGUGAUCUACAAUCACUGUGCUUUCCAUAGCCUCAUAGCCACAACGGUUGAGGAUCGCGUCAACCUUUUAUCGCUUUGGGAACACUUUCACAGCUCUGACACAUUUGACUGUGACCAAUUCAACCUAAACGAGUACGUACAAAGAUUGAAAAUUAGAUUAUCUGGCCAAAUACACCCAAGCCCAAACUCAGUGGCAAAUAGCACCCACUUUGUAACAGGUAGCCUGGAAAAGGUGGGCACGGGCUUGAAGUGGGCAAACACGUGUGGAACCCCCAUGGAAACCAUGCACAAACCCGCAUGGGACCCAUAUCGUUAG